AUGCCAUCUGUGGAAGCUGGUCCCACGGAUCUUGCUGCUCUGCCGGCGGAUACUGCGGCGACUCGGAUGCCCACUGCGGCGAUAGCUGUCAAAGGAAGCCCGCAGCCGUACGAGCCGGAUCCCGAUGAUGAUAAGCCCCUCCCGGCCUGUCCCUACACGCCAACAACCAUGGAUGAGAUCUUCAACCUUGACUUUUACAAUGAGCUACCCGCGCAUUGCGUACCCAAGUACAUGGUGCCUGUCCUGCACAACAUGCUGGAGACCAUAACGAAGCGGUACAACGAGAUCCUGGAGGACGACUAUGACUAUUACUUUGGCGUAUACUCGGGGUAUCUCGUGGACAACGCCAAUGCGGUGACGCACAGUUUCAUAAAGGACACCGGCGACGACUAUUUCGACUGUGACAUCUGGCAACAGUAUCCCUGCUGCACCAACUGCGAAUACCUAGGCGUCAGCUGCGAUGGCUACGUCGAGAAGUGUGUCAUUGAGAGUCCGUACGAUGACGGUGUUGAGUGGCACCUGCGUGAUCAGCCAUGCCCGCCGGAUUACUCCAAGCGUGGCAUGGGGGACGACUGGGAGCAAACCAUCUUCUGGGAUUUCAAGGACGACGAGGCCAAAAAGAACUUUUACGCCGCGGCCACCGCCGAGGUCGGUGCGCCCGAGGACAAAUUCAAGAUUGCGGAGCGGUCCACGAUUCCCAGUCAUAACGUCCCGUACGUCGACGGGUUCGAGAAAGAGAACGUUGUGAAUCCAAAGGACAUUGUCAAAAAGACCAUUGAGAAUGCAGACGUCCUCCGCGAGCCCAUGGCGGAGGCUGGGUUCCAGUUGAUGGUCGACUACUACGAAGGCGAUGGCCAUGAUCUGGUUGACGCGCUCAUCCUGCCCGUCUUCAUGCUCCAAGAGUCUGUCCAGUACAUGGAGGUGGUCGUCAAGAUGGGCAAGGAAAUCAAGGAGGCCGAGAAGACCGCCUUGAUUGUCAAUCUCCUGUCCGCUCUGCUGAUCGUAAUCGGCUUCGGUGGCUCAAGUCUCGUGGCAGCUGGGUUCAGCACUCUUGGGCGCACUCUCGUGUACCUCGCCGAGGCUGGCAACACAGCUAUUGGCCUCCAUGCCGUCAUUUCGGUGCCCGAGUCGGCCCCUCUCUUGAUCUUCGGGCUUGUGAUGAGUGCCUUUGGCAUCAGGGACGCGAGCAAGGUCACGCAAGCAGCCAAGCUGAGGCGCGGUAUGAAGUUCGAGGAGAUCAGCGCUUUCAGCAAGGAAGCUGCGCGCAUGAUGGACUCUGUGGCCGCCUUUAACAAGAAGCCCGCUGUGCCUCAGAUGUGUCGCUAUGCGUAGGACUUGGGAGCAUCCAGGGGUCUUGCAGAGCAUCUGGAUUUCCUGUAGGAAUCAUAGUAGCGAUGAGAAGAAACCCAGGACGAUAUUGAUGUUUUCUUUUUAGUACAUCAUACUCGAGAGCGUUCAAAAUGGGAGCAUGUCCAAGUUGCCGGAGCCAGAGUUGUCAUCCUGAGACACGCAACCAGCGGUCGUGACAUUUGACGACUUGGAGAGUCCCACUAAGUAUCCUCUCUCAUUCCUUUGGAGAAGGGGUCCAUUGUUGGGGAAAUUGGCCGGUCGGUGAGGCCCUCGGUC